UAAACAUAAUAAGUUUUGUCUCUCUCCCUCUCUCGCUCGCAAAUCAUCAAACAGUUUCGUCUCUUUGCGAUCAGAUCUCAUAGGAGAGCUAAUGGCUUCAGGUUUCAGCGGCGAUGAAACUGCUCCUUUCUUCGGAUUCCUCGGCGCUGCCGCCGCUCUCGUCUUCUCCUGUAUGGGAGCAGCGUACGGGACAGCAAAGAGCGGGGUCGGUGUGGCGUCGAUGGGUGUGAUGAGACCAGAGCUUGUGAUGAAAUCGAUUGUUCCCGUGGUUAUGGCUGGUGUUUUAGGUAUCUAUGGUCUGAUCAUUGCUGUCAUCAUCAGUACCGGAAUCAACCCCAAGGCCAAGUCUUACUAUCUAUUCGAUGGCUAUGCUCAUCUAUCUUCCGGUCUCGCUUGUGGUCUCGCCGGUCUUUCAGCUGGUAUGGCUAUUGGUAUCGUCGGUGACGCUGGUGUUAGAGCGAAUGCACAACAACCGAAGCUGUUUGUGGGAAUGAUUUUGAUUCUCAUUUUUGCUGAAGCACUUGCGUUGUACGGUCUCAUUGUUGGUAUCAUCCUCUCUUCUCGUGCUGGUCAGUCUAGAGCCGAGUGAAAAAAUCAGAAAGCCUUUUGGUUUACAUCCUCUUUGUAAUGUUUAUGAUAUGUUUUCUUUUGUGGCAUUGUGAGUUCUUUUGGUGUUUCUCAUGAAAAACAACAAGUAACAUGAGUGAUAAUCAUUUGACUUUUGGUUCUGAAUA